AUGGCCGCCGCAGUCGAGCCAAAUGCGCCUGUCAAUGGCGCCCCUCCACCUGCGACACCCAAACCCUCGCGAGAAAAUGAGCCGCCUCUGCCUCCAGUCCCCGCAGGACAGGGCGCAGGAGAAGAGCUGGAUUCAGCGUCCAGAGAGCGAGUGCAACAUGUUCUCUCUUCAGAUAUCGGCAUGGGCACAUUGCUGCAACGACUGAAGCAAAGCAUUGGCUCCACCAAAGACUUUGCGGCGUUCCUGAAAGAAAGAUCGGUUCUAGAAGAGAAACAUGCGCAGGGCCUGAAGAGACUAAGCAAGAGCACGCACGAGUCCAUAGGAAGACCUGAUAGCAGACAAGGGACCUUUGCUCAAAACUUCAAGGAGAUGACCAACAUUCACGAGCGAAUGGCAGAGCAUGCCCUCCAAUAUGUCGCGACGCUGUACGGAAUGUCGGAGGAGCUGUACGAGCUGGCGACCAAUUCUGAAAGGGCGCGGAAACACUGGAAGCAGACAGGCUUGAACGCUGAAAAACGGGUGCAAGACGCAGAGUCUGCUAUGGAGAAGGCCAAAUUGCGAUACAACUCGCUGGCAGAACAAUACGACCGCGCCAGGACCGGGGAACGACAGCCUGGCAAGUUUGGCUUGAAAAGGUCCGCUGCCCAGCUGGAAGAAGAGCUACGACACAAAGUUGAAGCGGCCGAUGCUGAUUAUUCCGCCAAAGUCGAGGCUGCCCAGAGUCAGCGAAAUGAGUUACUGAGCACUUUGAGACCGCAAACCGUGCAUGCACUCUCGGAACUCAUCAGGGAGACUGAUGCCGGUUUGACUCUGCAUGUACAGAAAUUCGCCGAUCUCAGUGAGAAGCUGCUCGUGGGGUUUGGACUAUGUAUUGCGCCUAUCAAGGGCCCGUCGCCGAUCCCUGGUCAAGGUACUCAGAGUCUGCGUCAACUGGCCUCGGACGUCAAUAACGAGAAAGACUUGGCCGACUUUGUCCUUGGGUUCAGCAACAAAGCCCCAACACGACCGAACGAGAUCAAGUACGAAAAGCAUCCGUCGCUCUCGCCAAAACAACAGCAGCCUGGAUUCACAGAUCCGUAUUACAAUCAAGAUCCCUAUGCUCCAACUCACGGGAGGCAAGUUUCGGGAGUCACUCCUUACCCAGGCGAGGAGUAUUAUGAUGAUGGUUCUCAGUCUCAGUAUCCGCAGGGGAACCAGGGUCCUGGGCAGAUGCCUCAACAACAAGCGCAGCCGCCGCAGCAGCAGAUGGGUGCGCCCCAGGGUACUCAAGGCCCUGUUCAACGGCCCCCAGGGCCUGCACAACCCACCCAGAGUAAUCCCGGCGCUGGGCCUCAAAUCGCCGCAGCCGCCGCAGGUCAGGCUCCCGGGGCAAUGCCCGGUCACGUCCGGAACGUAUCUCAAGGUCAGCCGUCUCCUGGUCAGCAACCUAUGAACCAACAGCAGCAAGCCCCAGCAAUUCAGCAAAACGGUCAACCAAGCCAAAUGGGCCCGCAAAGUCAAGGUGCACCGCCUCAGCAAGGCAUGGGACGAGGACAGCCACCACAGGGAAUGGGACGAGGAUCACCCCCGCAAGGCACAGGUCGUGGGCAAGCACCACCGGGCGCCAUGGGCCGAGGACAACCGCCUCAAGGCACACCUGGCCCAGGUCAACCACCACAAGGUGGCAUGGGAAGAGGCCAGGCGCCGCCAAAUGGCGCUGGCCGGGGUCAGCCACCACAAGGCGCCGUGGGACGCGGGCAACCUCCUCCUAAUGGAAUGGGACGAGGAGCACCACCAGGAGGAGUUGGCCGCGGUCAACCACCACAAGGAGGCAUGGGUCGAGGACAGCCACCGCAAAAUGGUCCUCCUCAGGGAGCUGGCCGUGGAACGGCCGGACCAGGACCAAACGGACCUCAGAAUGGCGCACCUCGCCCAGGCCCUGUUGGUGGCGUAAAUACACUUCCUUCAAGACUCCAAGCAGGUCCGAGACCAGGUCCUCCGAUCCGGCCAGUUUUUGGAGUAGCCUUGGACGAGCUAUUCCAACGAGAAGGAGCUGCUGUACCGACGAUUGUCAUACAGUGCACCAAAGCCGUCGAGCUAUUCGGGUUGGAGGUCGAAGGCAUCUACAGAACUUCUGGAUCUACGAACUUCAUUAUGGAGCUACGACAGCAAUUCGAUCACGACGCCAAUGCAGUCGACCUUCGCAACUCGGCGGCUUUCCAUGAUGAUAUCGCUGCCGUGACCACACUCCUCAAGCAUUUUCUUCGCGACCUCCCAGAUCCGUUGCUCACCGCAGCACAGUACCGAGAUUUUAUUCAAGCCGCUAAAAUAGAAGACGACAUUAUACGCAGAGACUCGGUCCAUGCCCUGGUCAAUGCUCUGCCCGAUCCUAAUUAUGCGACUCUCCGAGUACUGGCAAUUCAUCUGCACAAAGUUGCCCAGCACAGUGCCAGGAAUAAGAUGACCAACAGCAAUCUAGCAAUUGUGUUCGCUCCGACAUUGAUGGGCCAGCAAGGCGGCGUGAAUGGGAAUGUAGCAGGAGGGGCUGAUAUAGCCGACGCCGGAUGGCAGGCGAAAGUCGUGGAGACGAUACUCAACAAUACCUUCCAGAUCUUUGAUGACGACUAG